AUUAUUUAUCUGCGGGUGGCCAAAGCUCAAGUCUCUGCCUGGACAAAUUCGACACAUGACGUCUUUGACCUAUUUGUCGAUAGAUUCCUUUGAGGGAGUGGAGGCUAUUCCAGAUUGGUUGGGAAACCUUGCAUCUCUUGAAUACCUAGAUGUGCACCGUUGCGAGAAUCUGAUGUAUCUACCUUCCGUCCAAGCCAUGCAACGCCUCACCAAAUUAGAUGGGCUAUUCAUCGGCAACUGUCCCCUUCUAAGGGAAAGAUGCAGAGAGGAGAGCGGCCCAGAGUGGCCGAAGAUUUCUCAUAUUACAGACAUCACUGUUUUUUGAGAUGGUGGCUUGCAUGUACCCUUUUUCUCUUCGUAACACAUCAAGUUGGAAUUGCUCCAAAAAUAACAAGCGGGCAUCAACAAUUCAUUAUCAUCUCUCUAUCAGCAAUGCAGAAUUGGGGAAGAGGCACUCCAUUUGCUACAGGUUAUGAGAAGGUUUGUUCUGGUCAUAACUCACUAGUGGAAUUUACUGAUCUCUUGAAGUUUCUCUAUGAAGCAAGCAAUGGUUAAAGCAAAGUAUGUACCAGCCAUCAUAGACUCAGUAAUGGCCCCUAUGGAAGUUUUGGGGAUUUUGAUGGGCACAAUAUAUUUAGAUACCCUGAUUUUCAAAGCAAGACUAUGGGACUGCAUUUUCUUCAUUUUGGUACUGGAGACAUACAAUGUGGAGCAUUUCACCAAUUAUGUGGCUUGAGCUUGAGCCGCUUGACAAUUCAGAUUUUACAGAAGAAUUGUUUGUCAAUCAUUCUCCAAAGAAGACAACCAGGUUGCAGAUGCUUUUGCAGAUUGUCAGAUCGGUGUCAAGGAGUUUUAUUCAGUAGGAGAUACAACAGUUACGUAACAGGAGCAAACAGAGUUCCGAUGAAGAAGGUGGUUGCUUUGCUUUUGUGUUGCUGUGAAGGUAAUAAAAGGCGCUCCAGUUCAUACAGGAAGCAGAUAUCAGUCAUGAGAUAUUCAAAACGUUAUCGUAGUUUCAGUGUGUUGGGCACGUUUUCUCUGGAUAUCCUAAUUUUAAAGGCCCGUUCGAGAGCGGACGUCCGUAUACUCGUAAAAGUGCGGACGUCUCUCCUUUCUCAGCCAUCGACCGCCGACGACGUCCCAUCUGUUACCGGACAGAUACCAGAGGCAUCCCCAACGACUUUACCAUGAAGAUGAAUGCCAUGGAGAUCAGAGUUGAAGGAGUUGAAGGUCUGGGCAGCAAUCUCCACCCAAAACUUCAGACACAAUCAAUGGCGACUGCAAAUUGGCAUUCAGUGAUUCCACCGGCAAGAGGAAUGUCACAAUCGAGGUCUGGUGUCUACUCGGCAAGAGGAGAGCCGUCGUCGGCUUAAUGGUGGCACACUCCAAUUUGCUAAAUAUGUAUCUGUUACAGUGUACAUGUGACUUAAUGCUUCAAUAUUUUACAUUGUUAC